AUUAUUAUUUAAUUUUAAGCGUUUUUGGAUAUCGGGCCGCCCAUGCGCACAUUAGCCCAGCCACCUCCCCACCCUAAGCGGUGGUCUCUUCUCUCUCAUCAUCAUCUUUCUAGAUCUCCAAAUCAGCCGCACACGGCUCCACCCACCACCACUACCACUUAUAACCCUAAUUUUACUCUCUCCCCCCUUCUAAAUCAUGCCUACCCAUCUCCUCUCCGAUCCCAUAUCAUUCAUUCAUCUUCAUCAUGGCCAUGGUUACCGCAUCCGUUUCAUCUCCUUCCUCCGCACAAGACAUACCCACCGCAGUUCCCGUCCCACAGAAACCUCCAUCAUCGCGCCGCCUCCCACCCCCUUGCUGGUCUCACGAUGAAACCGUCGCUCUCAUCGAUGCCUAUCGCGACAAGUGGUAUUCUCUCCGCCGGGGAAAUCUCAGGGCGAAUCACUGGCAGGAGGUUGCCGAUGAUGUCGCGACCAGAUGCUCUCCGGCCCCGGGUAAUCUGCCUAAGACAUCUGUACAGUGCCGACAUAAGAUGGAGAAACUUAGAAAGCGAUACAGAUCUGAGAUGCAGAGAGCGGUAUCUAUUCCGGGUAGUAGUAGUAAUAGUCACCGGUUUUCUUCUUCGUGGGUUCAUUUCAAACGGAUGGAUUCUAUGGAAAGAGGGACUAAUGUUGUUGCUCCUGUUUCACAACCCGAAUUGGCUAUUGCUAUAAGAGACAACGAGGAUGAAGACGAUGAUAACGAAAUCGAUGAAGAUGAAGAUCUGUAUCAAGCCACGAUGAAAAGAUCCGCCCUUCCAUAUAAUCGGAGUGGGUAUGAGAACGGGAACGCUAAUGGGUUUCGGAUAAGGAUUCCCGGUCGCCCAGAUGUGGCCAUGGUAGGAGGAGGUAAUAAGAAAUACAGUAGUGGUGGUAGUAAAUAUGAGCGUUAUUCGGGUGGUGAUAAUCCUCCUACUAGUUUUACUACAUCUAGUCGGGUUUUGAAAGAUUGUUAUACGAAGAUGGGAGGAAGCAGUGGUGGUGGUGGUGGUGGUGUUGGAGUGGCAGCAGCAGCAGGGGGGAAGAAGAAGAGAGAAGGAGAUCCGGUGGAGGAGAUAGCUUUGGCACUGAAAUCACUUGGAGAUGGGUUUGUUAGAAUGGAGAGGAUGAAGAUGGAGAUGGCAAGAGAAGUAGAGUCAAUGAGAAUGGAGAUGGAGAUGAAGAGGACAGAAAUGAUUCUUGAAUCUCAGCAAAGGAUUGUUGAAGCAUUUGCUAGGGCUUGUACAGAGAAGAAAAACAAGAAGAUGAAGAGAAUGCUUCCCCCUUCGCCUGAAUGAAUGAAUGAAUGAAUUGAGUAAAUCUUCCUUCUUCCUCAAUUACUAUUAUUACUACUACUAUUUUAUAAUAUAUAUAUAUAUAUAUAUAAGUUUAGAGACAGACAGAUAAAAGAGGGAUCUUUUGAGGAGUUGUUGAUGAUGAUGAAUCAAUCAAAGUAGUUGCACUUGUGAAUUCAAUUUGAUUUGAUUUGAUU